GUUGUGCACAACGUCAUUAAAUGGCGCCUUUGUUUUGCAAUCUCGCGGCUAGCAGCUAGCAGCUAGCUCCCCGGAGUACUGUGUACCGAAGUAUUUUAACGAAAUUAUAGAUGUCUAUUGACGUACUAUAUGUACAGUAAUCACCAGACGUGGAGUAGUUGAACUGUUCGCUGUCAGGCGAAAGUUUCUACAGAAUAGGGAGACCCAUGGAGUCUGCAGUGGAGAGUUCCCCCAUUGUUACAGAAAACAAAGGCAUCACACUGCCUGAAGUGGAGAGUGCAUCCAUUGUUUCAGAAAGCGAGAAACCUAUUCUCUCUGCAGUAGAGACAGUGGAGAGUCCCUCAACCAUUUCAGAAAACAAGGAACUCACACCUUCAGCAGUGAAGGACAAGGAUGUCUCCAUAGUUUCAGAAUGCAAGAAAACUACCCCUUGUGCAGUGGAGACUAACGACAAUGAGGAUAUCACUAUUGUUUCAGAAAGCAAGAAACCCACAAAAGCACCGUCAGCAGUGGAGAAUGCCUCUAUCAUUUCAGAAAGUUCGUCACAUGAGGGCCAUCGCCUGUGGAUCGGUAACAUCGAUCCCAAAAUCACAGAGUACCACCUGGUGAAGCUGCUGGAGAGGUUUGGGAAGGUGAAACAGUUUGACUUCCUGUUCCACAAGUCUGGACCAAUGGAAGGCCAGCCCCGAGGAUACUGCUUCGUUAACUUCCACACCAAAGAGGAAGCAGAGCGGGCGAUCCAUUGUCUAAAUGGGAAGCUGGCCCUCUCCAAGAAGCUGGUGGUGCGCUGGGCACACGCACAGGUAAAGGCUCACAUUGCAUCAGUCACGUGGGUGAAGUUGAGGGGUGGUUUUGAGAGGAAUUAAAACACAGUUCUAUUGCUGUGCCUUUCAGCUUCCCCACAAUGCCUGUGGAUUUGACCAAAAACAACACCAGACAAACAGUGACACACUACCUGCCUGGUCCAUGGUGCGACUGAGCUAAACGGGCUCCACUCUGGUUACCUGGUCCAACCAUGAGGUUUGAGGGUUUCCGAGGGGAUAAGAAUGGUCCUGCCAGCCUAGUGCCAUCUUGCAGUGCAGAGCUAGACUUACCAACCAGUCUCAGGUCUGUCCAAUCUCUGUCUCUUUGACCCUCUUCCUCUUUCUCUGACUCUCUCCCUUCAUGCUUCACACACCCUCCUUUCCUACAGUAUACAUGUUUUAGAAGCUUAUGAAUUACGGUAUGAUAGACCUCAUUAGGGUGUGUAUGAGACUAACCCAUGAUUAACAUCUAAAAGUCAAAUUUCAUGUUAGUGGGCCUCCCAAGUGGCACAGUAUCACUACAGAACCUGGUUCAAUCCCAGGCAGUGCUACAACCGGGCGUCCCAUAGGGCGGCGCACAAUUGGCCCAGCGUCGUUAGGGGAGGGUUUGGCCGAGGGGGGUGGGGUGCUUUACUUGGCUCAUCGCGCUCUAGCGACUCCUUGUUGCGGGCCGGGGGCCUGCAGGCUGACUUUGGUCGUCAGUAUUUUCUCCAACACAUUGGUAAGGCUGGCUUCCAGGUUAAGCGGGCGGGUGUUAAGAGGCAUAGUUUGCGCGUCAUGUUUCGGAGGAAGCAUAUGACUCGACCUUCGCCUCUCCCAAGCCCGUUGGGGAGUGAUGAAACAAGAUCGUAAUUGGAUCGCAAUUGAAUAUCACCAAAUUGUGGAGAAAAUGGAGGUAAAAUACAAAAAAAAAACAUUUUGGUUUAGUAUUUUAAUUGCUUGACAAGGAAGUCCCUUUUGAAAGGAGCCGUUAUAAAAACAAAUGGCCUCUUAGCUCUAAUUCAUACUAUUAGAGUUAUUACUGAAACAACCAUGUCUAAGAUGGACUUUUAGGAAGAGUCCUUAGGAAUGUAUUUUACUGUAAACUUCAAAAACACUCUUACCAACCAUAGACCUGUUGUCAGUGUGGAGGAAGUGAUGAAAGAUAAACACGUAGUUUCCUUUUUCCCCCUCCUCCCCCCACACUCUCUAGUUUGCUUCCCCACUUACUCACUCUCCUCACAAUCACUCUCUCCCUCUCUCUAUAACGCUCUCCACAGUCACUCUCUCCCUCUCUCUAUAACGCUCUCCUCACAGUCACUUUCUCCCUCUCUCUAUAACGCUCUCCUUCUCAGUCACUCUCUCUCUUCCCCUCUCUCCUGUACAAAGUACAAGUGCGACGAUCAUUGCGAUUGAGGCCAAGCCUCAGAUGAUGGAGAACCCAGAUGGAGAGGAGUACCAAGGCCACUCAACCUACAUGUACAACAAGCCCCCAGAGAAGAAACACCUACAGCCCUAGAGCAGACCCUUCUGCAAGUUCAGGAGAUGACACAAAUGAGAUGGAGACAGACCAUCCAACACCUAGGCUCGAACAAUUCCGGUAACUUUCCCAAAAUGUCCAGGUUUUGCAGAAAUCCCAGCUUGAAGAUUCCCAGUAUCAGAAGGGAAUAGGCCGGAAAUCCAGAAUCCUCCAACCAGAAUUUGUGGGAAAUCUGGUAAUUUUGGUAAAGUUACUGGAAUUUUAGUAAAGUUACCGGAAUUGUGGUGAAGUUACUGGAAUUUUAGUCAAGUUACUGGAAUUGUGAAUAUUGUCUAACUGUUAAGUUAUUAUUCCACUUUGGCACUCAGGCUACUUCCACUAGUCUGUUUGGACUAUCAUGUUUGGCUUGGUAAUGACUGCAGUUGGCAAGAGCACAAACAGAUCUGGGACCAGGCUACAGUGGGAGAGGUCAGGCCACCAAACCAAAACCUCUGUACUGUAUGGCUUCAGGUUUGGACAGACAGCACGACAAGCCAUUUGACAGGUGAAAUCCUCACACUGUCUGCUUUAUUUUGAGCUAGUGUGUAUUCUUACUUGGGAGAGGAGGGAUUUUUUAUUUGAGUUGUUUUUCUAAUCUUAUUUUCAAUAUAUUAUAUGAUGUGUACAAUAUCACACCUUCAAUUUAUCUUACUGUUGUUUAUUUUUGUCAUUGUAAUGUUUAAUUUCUCUCUUUGCUGUUUAGUGUUGGGAGUUUGACAUUAUUAGCCUUAAUAAUUACCAAUUUUCCUGGGCACGUCGUCACAAAGCGUCUCAGAGAAGGAGUGCUGAUCUAGGAUCAGGUCCCUUCUCUUAUUCAUUAUGAUUAUGAUGUAGAAGGGAAGCCUAGAUCAGCACUCCUACACUGAGAUGCUUUGUGAAUAUGGGCCCUGAUUUAGUGGAUCAUAUAAUGUUUCCUAUACAUGCUCAGUCUGAGUCCCUUAUUCAGCAUGUUAUAUUGGUCUGUAGUCACAAAAGGGAAGAUAUGGCAUACAAUUGUGUCAUUUGAAAACUGAGUAGUUGUCACCUUUCUGUGUUUCUUGUGAUCAAAAGUCAUGAAAAUGUAUUUAAUUCAUGUUUGUUUGAGUGUGAUUUGAUGGCAACUUUGUACAAUUGGAACUAUUUUUAUACAUGCUAUGACACCCAGUAAACCAAGAAACUACAUUGUCACUCAACUCAUGCAUGGUUCCUUCAUUAAAUAGUCGUUUUAUUUAUUUAUUAUAUAUAUAUAUAUUAUUUAUUUGUUUGUUUGUUUGUUCUCCUUUUGAGUUCAAUGUUAUGCCCAUAUGUUUCUGUAUUGUAGCCUACUUGUUGUUUUUGGAAGUGUUUACAGGGCUGUUUUAUUCAUCCCAUAAUUUGUAGAUCUGCCAAAUGGUUAGAAGAAUCUGGUACUACUAGAGUAUGAGAUUUCCAUCGCUAUUUACCACUCCUCAUCAAUGUUGUGCACAGUAGCUCUAUCCUCAAUGAGGUUUUAAUGUAAUACCAGUCCUCAGUAUAGUCUCGUCAAAAAACGCGAAUUUGAUUUUCUUCAAUCACGAAAUGAGUCACUUGAUAUCCCAUUUUUGUGCUGCCUCACUGCACUCCCAUUUAAAUGUGUUGCAGGCAGCUGAAAUGUAGGUGUCUGUUUGAUGCCCAUGUGAAUGGCGCGUGAUAACUCUGCCUGCAGCCUGAAUGGUAAGAAACGGACAUGAUUCAUUUAGCGAUCAAGACCUGUGAGAUCAUUUCAUUCAAACGUAAUGAAUUACCAGACUGGAUCAGUUAUUAGGCUUUGCUUUAAAAAAAAAUUGUAAAAAUAAAUGUACAGUGAAAUUAUAGCUAAACCCUGAUGAUCGAAACAGCUUUGGUAACAUCUUAAACUCUUGGUGCUCAUUUUGAACGCCUUCAUUGCGGUGAUGUCCAUGACAGUGGCAGAUUUACCGCCAAUAUUCCAGAUACGCGCUGUUCUCAAACUGGUCAGCCUUGGUCUGUAUAUUGUCCUGAUUAUCGAUCAUUUCAAGCAUGUAUACAUUAACUAUAAGGCUAGUUGGUAUUUUUAAAUACUUGAUGCUGCAGGGCUGUGUUCCAUUGAAGUCUUUUUCAUAGCUAAACAAAGCAUCUACAGAUUCGCCCUCAAUAUAUUAUUAGAUUAUUGGAUUAAAAAGCCUAUAUAUUUGGGGUGAGAAUGAGAUGUCAUGUCUAUUUAUUUUGUGUCAAAUUUACAAUAGAUCCUCUUGCAGAAUCAAACAUGUACGUUUAGUUUAAUCUUUUUCUGAUCAGCGAUAAUAAAUGAACCCCUAUGAUAACAAUAAUAAUCAUUUUAAAAAGCAACUCAUUUAAUAAUAAAUGUAUGUCUCGUUUGAAAUCUUAUGUCUAUUUAGUCUCACAAACUCCAAGAAUGCAAUAGAAUAAAUGUAUAACAUGAAUAAUUAAACCUUAACUAUUUACGGUG